CGUAGCUACACAGCACUGUAUCGCAUGUUGGACUUUGAGUAGAGAGUAGUUAUACUCUUGAUUUCGUAAGUUACCGGUAAGUCAGGCUAACGUUAUUUAAGUCCCGUCUGCUAGCUUUGAAUCAACAGGACUUUAGCAGGAGCAGCUAACGGUUACUUUACACCCACCAUCACUUCCGCUUCUGUUUGAGACUUGUUUGAGAGUUCACUUUAGGUGACACAGUGGCAACACAGUGGUGCGGGACGGUCGCAGGUGAGCAACCAAAGUCCACAUAAACUGUCUUUAACAUGGUUUACAACAAAGAGACAGAACCUGAGCCUCGGGUCUACGGUUACACCAGGACAGGCUCCGCAGUGCUGACCCACUGUAUCUGUAUCGUCUUCACUGUGUUCAUCACAGUCCUGUCUCGACCGGGUACAAGCUGGUUUUCCUGGCAUCCUUUCUUUAUGACAUUAGCGUUCACCUUCUUCAUGACAGAAGCCAUACUCCUCUUCUCCCCCCAUGGCUCCCUCAUCAAAAAGUAUCCACACAAGACCAAAGGUCGUGUUCACUGGAUCCUGCAGUGCCUCUGUGUGUCCUGUGCUUUCCUCGGCCUGGCAGCCAUCUUUUACAACAAACACCUGAAUGGUAAACCCCACUUCACCUCGUGGCACGGUCUGCUGGGCCUGGUCACCGUGUGUGUGGUGGGGGUGCAGUCUUUGGCAGCUUUGCCUCUCAUCUACCACUCUCUGGCCAAAGGCUGGUCCCUGGCCAAACUCAAACGCUACCAUGCGGCAUCCGGACUCGUCACAUACCUGCUGGGCAGUGCCAGCCUGCUCCUCGGCCUGAGCUCUGCCUGGUUCACUGCAUCUGUCGGGGAAUACACCUGGUACCUGUCAGUGCUCUGCGCCACUCUCAAUGCCCUCGUCAUAAUGAGCCAAGUCAGCAGAGCGUACACAGCCAAGAAACGGCUGCACUCCUGACAGAAGACACAGUAGUGACACUUUUAAACACUCGCUGAAUACUUGUGCAAGGUUUGCCUUGGAGAUUUCACUUUUUUGUCGCAUGCAAUCAGCUUGAUUUGCAUGAAAGGAACUGAUGUCUGCAGCUGCUUUGAAGGUCCUGUCUCGUCAUGAAGCACCAGUGCCAAGUUUGGAUGAUGAGAUACUUCUUUGCCCUUUUUUUUUUUACAUGGCUUACACAGGACCACUAUUUCUUUUCUAGGAGUUUGGGAGGUUUAAUGACUCGAGUUGUCAUUUGACAGUUACACAUUUCACAUGUUGGGCUUUAAUUUAUGACCAAAUACUUCCACAAUUAUUGACGUUCCCAUCAGCCCCAGCUCCGCUUUGUGUUUACUGCUAAUUAGCAUGUUAGCAUGCUAUCAUGCUGAGCUGAGCUAGUUAACAUGAUACCUGCUUAUAAUCAGUAUGCCAGCAUGCUAGUGUUAGCAUUUUGCAAAGCAUUGCUGCUCCGUCUCACAGUGCUGCUAGCAUGGCUGUUGUAGACUGAAUUGCUUGAAAUGUGACUGAUUUUAGGGACAAAAAAAUAAUUUCAUUAAAAUAAAGGGGGUUUAAAGGUCCAGUGUGUUGGAUUUAGUGGCAUCUAGUGGUGUGGUAUCAGAACUGAAAUGUCUUCCUUGUGCUAAGCAUGUAGGUAAACUAUGGUGGUUGAUGCAAAAAUGCAAACAACCCUAUGUAGAGCCAGUGUUUGAUUUGUCCGUUCUGGGCUACUGUAGCGGCUUCCCCCUAAACUUAAAGCCACAUUGAGCAGUGUAAACUUCACAUGAUGUGUCCCAGCGUUGCGGUCAGAAAACAAUUUGUGAUCCACCGUCUAGCAACACCUAUACCUCAAUUGAUGGUUCCUACCUAGAUUGGCAGACAACCAUGACAAUACAGUGAUCCCUACAGGACAAAUUAGCAACCUACACACAUGGCAACUGUAGAACAGCAUAAUGGACUGCGUGGAACAGGCCCCCAGAAGAUGUGCCGGGCUUUGAAGCCAGUUUUCAUAGUGGCCAAACAGUGGGAUUCCGUCAGUCACGUGAUGCUAUGUGGCUCAGUAAGCCUUUUUUCCCUAUAGACCACCAUGGCAAUAAGUUGAUAACUUUUUUUGAGCAUCACAGCCCCCGCAAAAUGACUUGUUUCACUAUCGAGAUUUGAUACAUUCGGUCUGUUAACAUUUGGAAAGUCGAGAAGAGCUGCAGCUUUGAAUCAUUUUAUCCCAAUUUAAGAUAGUGAAGCACUGAACUGGAAGUAGUCAAAAGUCUCUAAUGUGCCUGCUCUAUGGGCCACACAGUCUGCCGAUCAUGUUGGUAAUUUUAAAGGCGGCAGUGGGACCUUCUUGGCUUCAUGUGCCAAUGAGCAACUUUCCUGGGAAUGAACAGGGUCCCGCCACCCACACUGUAACCAGUUCUCAUUAUACAUUCAUGCCAUGGAAGAGGACCUGCUCUAUAGGUGGUAUAAACAGCUCAUUCGAAGGUAACAAAAACUUUUAUCACCUGUUUAUUUUCAGGUGAUAAUAAACCAAUGGAAAUAUAGUUCUGAAUGUUAUACACCAUUUCUGCCAAAAGGUGCCCCUGAAUCCUACACACUGUACCUUUAAUAUUCUCAACUGACUUGACAAACCGUGCAGUAUGAAGGUUUAGACAGCUUUUAUGCCAUUAUUUGGGGGACAGAAUUUCAGAAAGUAUUAGUUAAAUUAUUAAAUAAAACAUUUUUUUUUAUUGCUAGUCAACACCUCCUGUUUGAGGUUGGAUUUGUGACCUCAGUAUUUCUAAGAUCCUGCCAGUGGUCCUGAAUAAGUGCUGAAUUAUUGUAUCUCAGGUUGAUUAUGCUGCCUUUUAACUAUUUAUGCUGCCUUUGAUUCCUUAUGUGGCCAAAUGUGGAAAUGGAAAUAUUAAAUGAUACAGAAGAUAUGAUGUAAAUUAAAAGCAUUUGUAAAAGAUUCACACUGCAAUAGAAGAGUGUUUUAUUGUUAAAAUAACAUUGAUAACACAGUCAUAUUCUGCUUCGAUCUAGGCUGCAUGUACGAAAUUCUUACUGGAUCAGCCGUCAAUGGGUCAAAGUGAACAAAAGGUUAAAAAACGUAAUUACAAAAAAAAGAAUGUAUUUUCCAUCAUAAAUAAAUAAAUUUCGGACGCUUACAUUGAAAUAAAGGGAAACAACUGCCAGGUGAGUGGACACCAAUAAGAAGUUAUAAAAAACAUUUAAAAAAGAAUGAAAUAUUUCCAUGAAACAUAAAAAAUGCAAAUAAGUGACAAGAAAUUGCAGACAGGUUUAGUUUUUAUAAACGGAUGAUUCCCAAGAGUCAAAAUGCAAAGUGUUUCCAAACGGAUUGAGAAGACUGAGAAUAAAGACAUGGCGUCAGUAUGAUGUACCUUGUACAGUUCACAAGCAGAUAUGAUCCUUUUACAAAGUGCCAGCUCCACCUUUCAAAUCUCAAACAAACCAUCACAAGUUCCCAAGACAUGCUGAAGAAAACUGGAGACAUCGUUGAUGAUAGAAAUGAAGCAUCCAGAACAACAACAGGGAAGGAGCCAGUAGUAACAAACUGAACAGUACUCAGACUGUGGGAGCGAAAAGUCCCCACAGGAAAACAUCUCUACAAAAAAUGCAACUUUAUAGGGAAUGAUGUGUUGUCUCAGGUUAUCCAGUGUUUUCUAAAAGGCUAACAACCACUGCGUCUAGCCUAUGUUACUGACGGAGGAGGGGGGGGCUUUCCUAAAUCUACAUACCUUGAGGUGUCAUCACAACACAGAAACACAAGGCUACAGAGAACAGCAAAGACCUAAACUCCCUAAAGCACUGCAGACCUACACUGACUGACACUACUGACAGAAGCUACGUACACUGCACUGCUCUUAAAGACGCUCCUCGGUGAAAAGCUAGCACAUAAUGGCACUGUCAGUUUGGUAAGGCCACCACACCACCUGACCUGGCUCUGCCACGGUCACGGGUGGUUGUGGUGAAAUGUUCGAUAUCUGUUUUGAUGGUUUGGUGUCUACAUUGACUCAAGGCUUUGUAUACUCAGCCUGCAUGAAUGCAAUGUUUUCUACAGUUCAGGUUAUUAUUUGUUCUCAGCAAGGCUCUGAAAAUAAUUCACAAGAAAAUUAGGAGAGUCAAACAGGGUGUAGGCUGACUGAUGGCGGGGACACUAUUGUAAAACUGCAACAAAAGAGGAGCGAGUGAGCUAGCAACAUUAAAGGGUAACUUCAGUAUUUUCAACCUGGACCCUAUUUUCCAUGUUUUUGUGUCAAAGUGAAUAAUGAAUAUCUAUUUUUGAAACUGCUCCAGAAUAAAGCAAGUGCGCUGCAGCAGAAAGCCACUAAACAGGCUGCAGUGUAACCACUUGGGGCAUUUGUGCACCAUCCAUUUACGUCUAUUCUAAGUGCUUAUUUUCGCCACUGACAGGCUCAAAUUGUUACUUUAUGUGUCUGUCAAUGUUAUGGAAAGGAUCCCUACAGAGAUAGACAUUUUUUUGAAUAGUAAAAACCAGAAACAGCCCUGAAAUCGCCAUCGCCAAACCCACCAGACUCCAUUUAAAUAAACAGUGAUUUUAUCCUGUAUAGAGCCAGCAUAUUCUCACAUCUUACUCUACGAAUUAAGGGUUUAUUUCAACCCAACCAGAGUCUAAAUGUUAAAACAGUGGAAAGACAAACAAAGAAAGUUUUUGUGAGUUUUAAUUUGUUUCUGUCAACAUUGUAUGAAGUGUGUUUCAUAAUGAUAAAAUUAAUGAUUAUUGAGAUGAAGUCUGGUGGGUAUGGAGAUGGGGAUUUCGGGUCUGUUUCUGGUUAAACAAAAAAUCUUACUCUCUAACAAAAAGGUCUAUCUCUGUCAGGUCCUUUCCAUAAUGUGGUCCGACACUUACAAUAACAAUCUGAGCCUCAGUGUCAAAAACAAGUACUUUUAGUGAAUGUUUCGUACAGCCCGUUUCAUGGCUGUGGCAGUCUGGCUCAACACUGAACCAAUUUCAAAAAUUGUUGUCUGCGUUAGUCACUUACACGGGACUAGUAUGACCUUAGGAUCUCUGGUAAUUUGUAAUAACAGCAGUGGAGUUCUGUGAUCUUAAUCCUGCGAAAAUGUGCUAUGUCUGCAAUUUGUCAAGUAAAAAUUCCCUCACAAAUUACCCAUCAUAUUUCUCCAAACUGAUAAUAUUAGUCCUAUGAUAAUCAGCACCUCAGUGAUUUGGGGUUGUAUUUUGGUUUUCUGGUUUCUCUACACCUCAUUUUGAAUUAUGGAGGCUGCGUUGGCAUUUAUAAAUGAAAGUUUUGACAGCAUUUUGGGUGCAGGAGGCUCUUCACGCCACACAGCAAAAUCUAGACAGAUGCUGAGCGAAAUCUAGACAGAUGCUGAGAUGGAUAACGUGACAAUGUGUGGCAGGAUAGGUACUGUUUGUUUAACCUACUUGUAAAAUGUACAUUAUCGCUAGUAGUGUUUGUGUUACAAAUGACUGUGUGCAUCAUAUCCGGGGGAUUAUGUCAGUCAAUUUGAGUAAAAUACAGACUUUGUUUAUCCUGUGCGAAUGUGCUGCAAGAAUCACAGAUGCAGGGGGGUAAUUUCUAAAUCACACGAGGUCCCCUGGUAAUACUAGCUCCGUGCAAAUCGGGCUUUCGACAGAAAAACAUAGGAAAGUAGAGUCCGAUAAACAAAUACCAGAGUAACCCUUUAAACCUUGCUUUGUGCUCCUUUUGGCUUUCACACUCGGAGCUUUUAAUCACAAUGCUGAAUCUGCCCUCUACUUGUGUUUUGAGUUUGACACCAACUGUCUAAAUGCUCAGUAGUUCUUCCAACGGAUUUGUAAAAAGGACAAGAUAAAUGCUAAGACUCAAGACCCCUUUGUGUCGUUUAAGGCUAAAAAUGAAAGAACACAGUCCGAAUCCAUGUCCGAGCCUCCGUGUUAUCAAAGGCUAACAAGAAAGUACAUUCAUUUUAGUUUUUAAGGGGAGGGAAAAUAAAAGGAAAUCAUACAGCUGAACUGAAAUUUGUUUCCCCAGCAUCGACGCGAGAGCGUGUUUAUCAUCAUGAUAGUCACUGUAAUAAUAAACCAUCUCCCUACAACCAAAAUCUACACACUGCACAGUAUUGACUUGCAAUAUAAACAAUGAUAAUGACUGCUAUUUACAAAGUAUCAACAUGUUCAGUUAUAGUAUCACACAUAAUAUCCUUUCAACAGGGGAUGCUACAAUGUCUAUCAAAUUACUAAAGACUAAAAUAUGCUCUGAAAGCCUAACAUUUCCUCUGUUAAAGGUAAGCCUCCAAGGAUUUUCUCUAAAUAUAUUGUCAAGUGGAUUUUGACAAAAAAACACCAGGUUCUGUGAGUUAUCUGUUGUACUCUGUAGCUUUCCAGUAUUGUUUACUAAAAAAAGGAAA